AACUUCUUCCUUAUCUUAGAGCAGUCUUACCUGAAUACACCUGCGGAGUGUACAAGACAUUUCAAUAUGGCGUGUGGUGGGUUUUUUUGUUCCAGAAAUGCCCUCUGUUUGCUCAACCUUAUUUAUGUGAUGGUAAGUCUUCUCAUGAUUGGCGUAGCAGCAUGGGGCAAAUGGUUUGGACUGGUCUCCAGUUUCAGAGUGAUGGCUGCUGUCAUUGCAGUUGGACUCUUUCUCUUUGCUGUGGCGAUUGUGGGCUUGUAUGGAGCUCUUAAGCAUCACCAAGUCCUUUUGUUCUUUUACAUGCUCAUUCUUUUCAUGGUAUUCAUAGUGCAGUUUUCAGUAUCAUGUGCCUGCUUGGCGAUUAGUAAAGAACAACAGAACCUUCUUCUGGAGAUUGGAUGGAAUAAGUCUGAAUCAAUGCAGAAGGAUUUGGAAAGAACGUUGGAUUGUUGUGACUUCAAUGAAGUUAACUACAAUGGAACAUGUGAAGCAAACUGUUUCAAUGGUCAAACUUGUAGACCAUGUUCAGAGAUAAUCCAGGACUAUGCUGAUGACGCUCUGCAUUUUACUGGAGGAAUCAGCCUUUUUUUUUGUUUUACAGAGAUUUUGGUUGUCUGGCUAGCAUACAGGUACAGGAAUCAGAAAGACCCUCGACAAAAUCCAAGUGCUUUUGUUUAAAACACUGUGGUGUGGCACUUGUGUUCUUUUUUUUUAACUUAUCAUUUGUGCUGUGUUCUCUUAAUAACCAGAUUCAUGAUGUAAUCCAUUUCAAAUUUUAGUUUGAAGAUAGUAAUGUGUUAACUGCAUGUGAUUACUGUAGCUGCUGGGUGCAAUAACAAGUCCAAUGUUACAUUCAUCUGUAAAAUAUUUGACAUUGAAACAGCCAUUAUACUUUUGCUCCAUGGUGGACUUCACAAUAAAUGUUUAUUACCACUGAAUAAGUAAGUAGGUUAGCUGGGCUCGAACUGUGAUCCCAAUUGACAACUCUUGCAAAGAUAAAGAGUUGUUAUGUAAACUAUAAGAGAUACAGUUUGACAGAAAAGACACUUUAUAUAAAGACUUUAAACUUGUAAAUCAAACUACAGUAUAAUGGUCAUUAUGUUAAGUUCAAUAAGCCAAAUUGAAAUGUAAUGACAUUGUUUGAACACUAUAAUAAUAGACAAUAAAACCAAAGCAGGUUUUUGAAGUGAUAAAAAUGUUUAGAUGCUUCUUAAUACAGUAUUUUGAGAUCUAGAGAGCAUGUUCUUUUUGAAUACUUAUUUUUAAGUGUACAGAAAAAUGUUAAGGCAUGUUCAACUGACUAUUGCCAAACUGAAGCUUACAUACUGAAACUUUGCAAACUACACCCAACCCAAUUCCAAUAGUCGGUCGGACCAGGAUAUGAGCAGGGAGUGCUACAUCAUUUAUUUGUAUUCCACAUAACCAAUUGUGUGGCACUCCUUUGUUGUUCAACUGCACUGUAAAAAAUGUCUGUAAUGUUAAUGGUAUAAGACUGUAAAACUGCUACUGAAAAAAAAAACAUUAAUUGAUUAACAAGUAUUAACUGUAAAAUAUACAGUAAUAUAUUUUAAGACAAUGCAGUAGUAAUAUUGUAAAAUUUGUAUUAUUUAGAUGUAAAAAGUAUGAUUUUUCUGUAUAAUUAAUGGUACAAAUGUACAUUAUAACAGGAGAGUACAGUAAAGUAUUGUUAAAAUGACUAAACUGUAAUCAGGUGUUCCCACAAUUCCCUGUCAUGACCCAUCAUAUUUCAUUAUAUUUGAUGGGAAUAGUUAUGUUUCUUCUUAUUUUUAAAAUCAGUUAUGUACAUUGGGGUGUUCUGUGUUAUAUUUGAUGUAAUUUAGUUAAUGUUUAUUGCAUUAUUAAAAUUUCACAUGUGUAA